UCUCCGUUCCAUGCUUUUGCCGUUGUUUGUUUCUUUCUUGUGAGAAACGCUUUUCGCCCUACUGCUGCAGCUUCUAGCCUGCACUGGGGCUCCAUUUUCUCGCCGUUUCUCGGCGAUUUUCCUUCCAUCCAAACACCUUCAAUCCCCUCGCCACCGCCGCUUGCAGCUCGUUCCGUUCCGGAUCGUCAGGAAAUCUCUCCGGUCUCCGAGCGAUCUCGCCGUCCUUCUUCCUCUCUCGUACGUGAUCUGUGGGAACUUGUGAUAUUUCUUGUCUGAAUAGAUGCCAGUUGCGCAACCUACUGCUGCCUCUGGCACUCUCGAUGUCAUGAAAACAGAAGAUGGAAAAGAUUCUGUUGAUACUUUAGUCAAACAAGCAAAUGGAUUGGAGCCUGUCCUUUACUAUCCCAGGAUCGGUGAGAGCUCAGUACAAUGGCUGCAAUUUCUUCAAGCUCUAGAACAGCCAGAACCAAUAUGGCCUUUGUUAUCUGUUGUGACAAAAGUUCAGUUACGGAAGUGCGAGAAGUGUUCUCGAGAGUUUUGCUCUCCCAUUAACUAUAGAAGACAUCUGCGGAUAGACCAUCGGUUGAAAAAGCUGGAUAAGGACUCUAUAAACAAUAGGGAUCUUUUGGGGGAAUAUUGGGAUAAGCUCUCUGUGGAAGAGGCAAUGGAAGUUGUGUCAUUCGAGGAUAUGUUGCUGGAGGAAGUUCCAGGGUCUUCAAUUUUAAAAGGUGUGGCAAAUCUUAGAAGACAAGCAUUUUCUUCUCUUCCACAAAAUUAUAUGAGGGCUGGUUUUUCCCUUUUGGAUAUGGUUCAAUCCAAUCCUUCUAGUUUUCCUAUAUCUUCUCAAGAGUUGUUCAGUAUCCUCGACGAUGCCAGUGAAGAAACAUUUUUAUGUGGAACAGCAGUGUCAGUGCAAAGAUUUAUGUUUGAUGGAGAGGCUGGAAAGAUUGUCCUUGAACCAAGAAACCUGAUUGCUUGCACAAGUUUCUUGCUAGAGCAGAAAUUGGUGAAGGCAUGUCUUGCUUACAAGGAGGCUGAAGCAUUGAGAUUGCAGCAGCUGCUGGUGGAUGAGGAGGAAGCUGCUCAGAAAAGACAAGCCGAGAUUUUAGAGAGGAAGCGCAAGAAGAAGCUUAGACAGAAAGAACAGAAGGCUAGGGAACGACUUGAAGAUGACAUGAAAAUUGACGGAAACAUCAGCAGCACAGGAGAGGAUAUGUCGCCAGCAGAAGCAUCUUUGGCUGCAUUUGACUUUGAAGCACAUAAUCCAGAUAUACCUGCUGAUCACGAUUCUUCAACACAUGUAACUUACCAAUGCCCAGACACUACUGAAGGUGUAGACGGGGAAACACAGCCAGGGAAUGAUUAUGACCCUGAUCAGAUUAUAGAGCAACAAACAUCACAAGGACAUAAUCGCCUGCUUCCAAUGACUGCCAGACAGCAAGAGCUGCCUAAAUCACAGGCGCCUGUAGCCAAUGGUUUGUGUGCUAGCCAGAAUUCUCAAAUGUCAAAGCUUGGAGCCAUUCAAAAAUAUGGAACCAACUGUGAUCAGAAUGCAGCUCCUAUAGUUAACGGUGGUGAAGUUGUGAGCUUGAAGCCUGAACCAAAAACUACUGGGGUGGUUUCAGAAGCCAGGCUGCAUAAAGAACCAUAUGUAAGAAAGAAUCAUGAAGUUCUGAUUGGUUCUGUAUCUGUAACACUGGCCAAUUGCAGCCAGUCAGAGGGGAGUCUUGUGCCAUCUCGAGGGGUCUGCCCGGCAGAGAAUCUGGCGAAGCAGAAUACUGCUCAGGAGAAGCCAAUAAAACUUGAUUGCUUCCAGGGAGGCGAGGGCAGUUUGGCCAAUUGCAGCCAGUCAGAGGGGACUCUUGUGGCAUCUCGAGGGGUCUGCCCGGCAGAGAAUCUGGCGAAGCAGAAUACUGCUCAGGAGAAGCCAAUUAAACUUGAUUGCUUCCAGGGAGGCGAGGGCAGUUUGGCCAAUUGCAGCCAGUCAGAGGGGACUCUUGUGGCAUCUCGAGGGGUCUGCCCGGCAGAGAAUCUGGCGAAGCAGAAUACUGCUCAGGAGAAGCCAAUAAAACUUGAUUGCUUCCAGGGAGGCGAGGGCAGUUUAACACCGGUUAAUCAGCAUGAAAGUAAAGGUCCACUGCCACCUCAAAAUGGUGGGGCAAUAGCUGAGGUAGUAGAUGGAAAAGACGGUCAGAACAGUUUAACAUUGUGUAAUAUAGAUGAUAAUGGUUUGAAGAGCAAGUUUUCCCAAACUGGGGCUAAAGGGGAUCGGGAAAGGUUACAGUUCUCCAGCCAUGCUGCAAGAGCUUUUCUUGAUCAAAGAUGGAAAGAAGCCAUCUCAUCAGACCAUGUGAAACUGGUCCUUUCUCCAGAUACUACAUCUCAGCACAACCAGGAUUGCGAAGUAGCACCAUGCCUUCCUGCAAAUACGGAGAAACCGUUGCCUGCAGCUUCUGGAGGUCCUAAAUCCAAACACAGAAAGAAGCCUGGGAAGGAAAUGAAGACAAAGUACAUUCCCAAGCAAAAACCAACAGCAGCAUAGUAAGAAGAAAUUAGAUGAUUUAAUUAUGACAGAUAUACAGUUUAAUUUGCUAGCAGAGGCUCCAGUUUUACAGAUGGUCUUCUGUCAGAUACCUGAAGGUAGGUUUUGCCGGAAGUCUUCUUAUAUUCGGUCCUUUUCCUUCACAUAGGGGAUUGUGCAGUCAGUUAAAAUUUUGUUGUGCGUUUAUUAGCGAAAUUGUGUAAUAAUUAAUAAACUUGUCUAGUUAUUAGUUAUUACUAUAGAGAGAAAUACUUAAACUACACCAUGUUUUUCGGAAAUCAAUGAGACAGAAGUACAGGGAUUCCUUUUUAAGUUUUGGUACAAA